AUGUCAGCGAAUAGUAGCUCUCCCGAAGCAGUAUCUACUAUCACAGAUGAAAACAAACUAGAAGAACCUACGGUUGAAGAGUCACCAAAUGCAUCAGGUAAACUGAAGAAAAAAACAAAAUCAUCGACAUUAUCAGACGAACAGAAGAAAGCUCAUCAUAUAGCAUCAGAACAAAAAAGAAGAGAAAAUAUAAGAUCAGAAUUUGACAAAAUAGUAUCAUUAACUCCAAAUUUAACAGAACUGGAGAAUAGAUCAGAACUAAACAUAUUGACUAAAAGUGCUGAUUAUAUUGAUCAAUUGAGAGAUGAGAAUAUUAAAUUAAUAGAAAUGUGUAGAUCAAAGGGUAUUGAAGUUCCUGAUGAACUAAUUUAUAAAGGUCCUCAAAAUGAUGGUAGUGAUGUUGCUAAAUAG